AUGUCUUGUUCAAAAAUAUUUUCAGGUGAUUUACCUGAAUUAAUAUAUGAAAUCAUAAAAUAUUUUCGGGAUGAUUAUUCAACUUUACAUUCAUGUGUUUUAGUUAACAGGUUAUGGUGUCGUUUUGCGAUUCCAUUAUUAUGGGAAAAUACAUUUUCAUUUCCUACAAAAAAUUAUAAUGUUGUUGAAAUUUAUUUUCAUAAUUUAGAAGAUGAUUUAAAAACAGAAUUAAAUGAAUAUAAAAUUAAUAAAAAUCCAUUACCUUCAAAUACAUUAUUUAAUUAUCCUAGUUUUUUAAAAUAUAUGAAUACAAGAAAAGUUAUUUCUUCAAUUGGAAUGUGGAGAUUUAAAAGAACUUCAAUAGUUGGAAAUAGAUAUUUUUCAAGAGAUAAUUUUAGAAAAUCAAUUUCUAUGGCAUUAUUUAAAAUAUUUAUUGAUAAUGAAAUAAAUUUACAUACUUUUGAAAUUGAGAUAAAUGCUUCUUUUGGUACAUAUUGUGAUAAUGUUCUUGAAUUAAUUUUACAAAAUCCAAAUUUUAUUCAUAAUAUUAAAAAUUUAAACCUUUCUAUCAUUUCUUUAAAUACACAAAUUAAAAAUCGUAUAUCACAAAUAAUUAAUUCUCAUCAAAAUCUUAAAAAAAUUAUGUUUAGACGUGAUUUUUCAUCUUUAUAUCAACCUUUAUUAUUAUCUAAAUGUUUUAAUUGUUCUAAUACUUUAAAUACAAUCAUUUUUUAUUAUAUUGAUUUUAAGAAUAUAAAUAAUUUAGAUAAUAUAUUUGAAAAAUUAUGUGUAUUAGAAUCUGUUCAUAUAAUUUAUUGUUCUGGUUUUACUCAACAAAUUAUUAAUUUAACUAGACCAUUUAAAUUAAAAUCUUUAUUAUUAGAUAAAAGAUCACAAAUUGAUGAUUCAUUAUUAUUAUUAUUACAAAAAUCUGGUAAUUAUUUAGAAAAUUUUGGUUUUAGUUCUGGUUAUAAUUUAUCUUUAUUAUUUAAACAACAAUUAAUUAAUUUAUUUGAAUUAAUACCAAAAUAUUCUAAAAAUAUUAAAUUUCUUAAUUUAUGUAAAAUUGAACCUCAUAUUAAUUCUUUAAUAUUUAAUUUAAUUGAAAGUAUUAAAAAUAAUUUAAAUUAUCUUUCAAUUUAUUUUUGUUUACCAAAUUAUAAUGUUGAAUAUAUUAGUUCAAUUAUUUUACAAAAUUUAGGUCAAAUCCUUCCUUUUAAAUUAGAAUAUUUAAAUUUGGCUCUUAAUAUUAAUAUAAUUGAUUUUGAAAUUUUCUUAAAAAAUUCUCAAAAUACUUUCUUUAAAAAAUUAUUAAUUAAUAAUAUAACACCAAAAUAUUGUCAUGAUAUUGAUAUUUUACCUUUUAUAAAAGAAUAUAUUAUGAAAAAGAAAAAAGUUAAAAAUUUAGCUAUUAAAAAUACUUUUACUUCUGAACAUCAUAUGAAAAGUGGUGAUUUAUCAAAUUCAAAAGAUGAAUUGGAAGAAUUUAAAUUUUAUAAUAUUAGAGUACAAAGUUAUAAUGAAUUAUUUAUUGAUAUUAAUACUUUUAUAAUGGAUAUUGAUUAA